AUGUCUUCGACAAAAUCGUCAACAGCAAAUCUUAAUUUACGCCGUCGUCAGAUAUCAAAUUUUUUACCACAAAACUAUGGAAAAAGUGAACAAUCCGAGGAAACCAAAGGAAUUAUCAAGGAUAGUGAUUUGCGUGGUAUUUUUCCAAAAACUACUUCAAAGGAUACGAGACAACGAAUUAUGGAGCAACUAAUUGAACGACUGGAUUCAAUUUUUGGGAUAAAACUAGUUUCGAUAUCGAAUGAACAAAUUAAUUAUUGGAUUGCAAAAAAUAAUCUUUCAAUUGAUGUUGGAACUUUUUUCAGUGGAAAUUCGUUUUACUCUAUCGAAGAAGAGGCUAAAUAUGGUAUUCUUAUAUCAGCACUGAUGUUUCUUUUCAUGGCCAAAAAUCCAAAGCUAGUUAAUUCAACUGUGACAGAAAAUGCGCUGCUGAGUUUUUUGCAUAAAAUGGGUUUUGAUGGUAAUGAUAUUUCUAAAAAAAAUAUCAUCGAUAUUGCUAAAUUAAUUUCUCCAAAGCCGUCUGCUGAGUUUGUUUCUAAAGGCUGGAUAUCAUAUGAAAAAUUGGUCGAUAAAAACGGAGUGGAAACUGUGAUUUAUAAAUGGGGACCUCGUGCUCAUGCAGUUAUCAAUCCUUUGGAAAUUCUUAAACUUUUUUGUAAAAUUGAUAAGAGUGAAUUGGAAUCGUGGAAAAAUCAUUACGAUUUAGCAAUGGAAUGGCGGAAUAGAAGAAAUGAAUCAAAUUUGUUAAGAAAUUCUUAUUUAUUCUAA